CGGCGCUUGCGCGUGCGCAUGCGCAGCCGAAGCGGAGCCCGAACGGAAUUUGAGCUGUGUCGCAGCCGAGCCAAGUGGAGUGGAGUCGGAGGUGGUGGGCAUGCUGUCACCCGAGGCGGAACGGGUGCUUCGGUACCUGGUGGAGGUGGAAGAGCUCGCCGAGGAGGUGCUGGCGGACAAGCGACAGAUUGUGGAUCUGGACACCAAAAGGAAUCAGAACCGGGAGGGCCUGAGGGCUCUGCAGAAGGAUCUCAGCCUCUCCGAAGAUGUGAUGGUUUGCUUCGGGAACAUGUUCAUCAGGAUGCCUCACCCUCAGACGAAGGAGAUGAUUGAGAAAGAUCAAGACCAUCUGGAUAAAGAAAUAGAGAAACUCCGCAAACAACUUAAAGUGAAGGUCAACCGCCUCUUUGAGGCCCAAGGCAAACCAGAGCUGAAGGGUUUUAACCUGAAUCCCCUCAACCAGGAUGAGCUUAAAGCUCUCAAGAUCAUUUUAAAAGGAUGAAAUUCAAGAAUGAGAUGGGGGACCUAGGACAGCAUCCCCCCUGAGGUCAUGGAGGACCCAGGACUCCAGCUUUGAAACCUGCAAGGACACAAUCCACCCUGCUAGAAGAUGGGCGUCUUUACACUUUAAGAUGUAAAGAUCUGCCCCAUGAAAAGCCUUUGUCUGGGGGAAUUGGCUCUCCGUGAUGGCAGGAGGGAGCCCUCAGCCUGCCAGUGUCUGCUGGGGCUGGAUGGACACAAGGCCCAUUGAUAGGCCCUGGCAGCCACCAGUGCUGAGUGGGGGCAGCGCCUGUGGGGGUGUGAGAAUGGCCACAACAGGCACUUUUAACAAGGGCCCCUGUUCAGAUGGGCCCUGGACGUCGGGGAGCAUCAUUCCUGCAUUCCUCUCCAGAAGAGAGGCAUUCUCAAGCAGCAUGUAGUGGAAUUGGAAUAAAGCAGGAGGCUCACAGGUGGUUUCUGAAUGAAAGGCCGAAUCAGUGUUUCGUAGUUCACCACAGCCAUCUGUGGGCCAGACGCACCACUCCCCCAGCACCGCCUCCACUUUGACCCUUUUUUCCUGCUUGCCCCCAGAAUGGAGCCCAGAGUGGGUGCUGCUUAUCAAACUCUUGCACCUGUCUUUUAGUCAGGAAGGCCUUGCAGAGUCCCGCACCAGGGACGGGUGGGGGAGCUGCCUCUUCACGAGGCCCUCUGCCACCUCUGAAGGCGGGGCCUGGGUCAGCGCCACUCAGGGUUCCGGCCUGCCUUCGCUGGUCUCAGAUCCUAAUGUGCUGUGAGGCAGCACGCUGUCUUUCAUGUCACUGAGAGCUUAAUAAAUGUUUCCUAAACAAA